GAAGCAGGUGUUCAACAUGGCGAUCUCGGGACUUGGAUCUCACUCUAUUUCACCCUUUUUCUACAUGGUUUUAGCAACAUGUCUGCAUAAAGGAGCCACUCAGACCAUAUCAGCACAGGGUCAGAACCUGGUGACAAAUAAUGUCUCGGUGGUUGAGGGCGAGACGGCCAUCAUCAGCUGUCGGGUGAAAAACAAUGACGACUCCGUCAUCCAGCUGCUCAACCCUAACAGACAGACUAUCUACUUCAGAGACGUUAGACCCUUGAAGGACAGCCGGUUUCAGCUGGUUAACUUCUCAGACAAUGAACUGCUGGUGUCAUUGUCCAACGUGUCGCUCUCGGACGAGGGACGGUAUGUUUGCCAGCUCUACACGGACCCCCCUCAAGAAGCCUAUGCAGACAUUGCAGUCCUGGUUCCACCAGGCAACCCAAUCUUAGAGUCCCGCGAGGAAAUUGUGAGUGAGGGGAAUGAGACGGAGAUAACCUGCACUGCCAUGGGCAGCAAGCCAGCCUCCACCAUUAAAUGGAUGAAAGGGGACCAACCACUGCAAGGUGAGGCGACUGUCGAGGAGUUAUACGACAGGAUGUUCACUGUCACCAGCCGACUCAAACUCACUGUCUCUAAGGAGGACGAUGGAGUGGCCGUCAUCUGCAUCAUUGACCACCCAGCCGUGAAGGACAUCCAGGCCCAGAAAUACCUGGAAGUGCAGUAUAAACCAGAAGUGAAGAUUGUAGUGGAGUUUCCAGAGGGCUUGACCAGAGAGGGGGAAAAUCUUGAGCUAACAUGCAAAGCAAAAGGCAAACCGCAGCCUCAUCAAAUUAACUGGCUCAAAGUGGAUGAUGAUUUCCCCUCCCACACCGUGAUUACUGGCUCUGAUCUCUUCAUCGAAAACCUCAACAAGUCCUACAACGGAACAUACCGCUGCAUAGCGUCUAACUUAGUGGGAGAAGCCUAUGAUGAUUACAUCCUUUAUGUCUAUGAUGUUCUCACCACAACCCCCCCAUCCACCACUACCACCAUCCACCCUGACGUUUCCCAAGAUUCAAGAGCAGAUGGAGUGCCGCAGAAAAUUGAUCAUGCCGUCAUUGGUGGUGUCGUCGCCGUGGUCGUGUUUGCCAUGUUGUGUCUUUUGAUCGUUCUGGGCCGAUACUUCGCAAGACACAAAGGUACCUACUUUACUCACGAAGCCAAAGGAGCGGAUGACGCAGCAGAUGCUGACACUGCCAUCAUCAACGCAGAGGGCGGACACAACAACUCUGACGACAAGAAGGAAUACUACAUUUAACUCUGAUUAGACCUGCUAGCUUUCUGUGCUGAAAAGCAAACUGUGGACUGUUGGGUUGGGAGGAGGGGGUUUGUGGGAUUCAAUCAGGCUGGAUUCACACCUGUGCAGCUAAAGAGACAGAGAGGAGAAGGUGCUGUCAUCGAAUCAGACAGGUGUGGGAUGGCAGAGCACUUGGAGAGCUCAAUGUAAGACUGCUUCACCAUCCAACACCUCUCGCUGGGGCCGGUUUUGUUCCGUUUUAAACAUGUGCUAACAAUUUUGUGCCUUGUUCUGUUCUUACUGAAAUAUCUACUUUCAUCAGGACACUCAAAAGCUUCAUACCGUCUCUUGAAUGGCCAAAACACAGAGUGUUUUGCUUUAUUAGUAUUUUUGCUUUAAUUGUCAGCACAUCAAUACAUUUUAAGCUCUCUCUCUCUCUCUCUCUCUCUCUCUCUCAUGCUGUUCUGUCUGCUGGUUUGGAAGAAAGCCACACACUAAGUUUAAAAGUAAGAUUCAGUCACAGACUGAAUCGCUUGGGUUGUUUUCAUGGAUUGGUUCCAAGUAAUUUAUUUGGCAAAUUGCCUGUUGUUCUCUUAAGUCCCUCAGAGAAUGUGUUAAAAAUGAUAGAAACUUCUUUUAUGACCAACAUAGCUACAAAGCAUUCAGCAGCAUUAAUGUGUUGUUGCAUUAUUUAUUAGAUGUAUGUGAUUCGAAUCAGCUUGUGUUGAUAUUCUUUCUGGCUUGUGUUGCAUCAUCGAUAUGUGGCCCACUUUCAGACUAAUUUACUUGUAAUGACUCCCAAGCAUUAAAAAUGAAUGCCAAAGCAAGGAACAGCAAAAUAGCCCUGUCUCAGCUGUAUAGAAAAGUCAUCCAAGAUGUCCCCAAAUAAAACAUAUCCAUCAGAGUGUAAAGUAGAUUUCAUUCCAAGCCUUUUCCAUUAAAUGAGAACAGUUUGAGGUGAAGGUCAGCGAGUGUUUAGAAUGUUGUUAGUGCUUCUGUGUGCUUCUCAGAGUAACAUCAAAAUGUGUACUAAAUGAAAUAGUUGAAGCCAUACUCACAUUUGUGCCCUCCUACGCAUUGCAGUUCUUUUAAUACAGUUCAUUUUAAGAUACAUGACUGAAUGUGAUAACUCUACAAUAAUGCAAUGGUUUAUAAAUGUGUGGCUUGAAUGUUGUGUCUGUUAUCUAAUCUUACAGCAACAUUCUUUAAUUUUAAUGUGAUGUACUGAAUGUGGCAGAGGCACAGGGGCAUAUAUUAUGUUGGAUCACUCAUAAAUGUACUAUAAAUGUCUAGAUUUUAACUUGAAAUUGUUACAUUAUUGUAGAGUUAGUAUACUAUCAGUCAUACCAGGAAUUAUCUUUUUCCUGUCUUUGGUCUUCAUACACCAUCCUUGACAGUUGGGACAGAUAUACAUUAUAUGUGAUAAACUACAUGGAGGAACAUAUUGCGGUAAUGGUGACAGUACGGUUAAAGUUGUAAAAUCCUUGUUACAGCACAUUGUUUGGUCAUAGCGUUUACAUGAAAUUGUGUAUUAUUAAGUGCUUCUUUUUUGUUCUUUUGAUGGUUUAUCUUUUAUCCUUAGAGUUAUUCCAGAGUUUAUCUGAACAGGACCUGGUGAGCAUUGUUUUGAUUCAAUAACGCUAAUCAAUUAUGGUAAAUGUGUGGCUAUUUAUGGCUAUCAUAGCUGAUAACGUUUAUGCUUGGUUAUACAGAAAGACACUUGUGUUUUGAUUGUCAUUGUAUGUUGUACAGAAUCUUGUGGUUUUAUACAGCAGUGGUAGAUUUAUUUAAACAUAUCAUGUUUUAAGUACAAAGCCUUUAUCAGUUAAUUGAUUUAGAGUGUAACAGGAAAAAUAAAGCGAUAGUUACAUUAUUCCAACGUAUAUUUGAAACUUUUGGCCCCAAUUACAUACUUUCAAUGGCAAAAUAAUCACUGUGUGCACCUAACUGACAUGCCAAGCAUGUGCAGAAUAAAUAGUCAUUUAUAAAUCUAACUAUUGUCAUAUUGUUCAUUUAACAUAAUUGUAAUGACAUGAGCUAUUGCCAAUUAACACAUCAUGUCAAAUAAGGAGUGAGUGCUGCAGUCAAACAAUCAUACACUGACUUUGGUUUCUUUAUGGUGAUGUUUCUGUGCUAAAAAUAGUGUCUGCAUAGAACACAGUGGUUCUACAAUGAAACGCAAUGCGGGUUGAUCCCACCGCUAGCUGAUACAAACCAAUUCAGUCCGAUCACUCCUUUUUUUUUCCAUUUUAUUUAAUAAUUAAAGGUUAAAGGGAUAGUUCAUGCAAAAUGAAAAGACGUGGUCAUUUAAUCACCCUCAUGUUGUUCGACAACUGUAUGACUUGGACAACUGUAAAAACACAAAAUUAGACAUAAAUAAGGAUGUUGACGUUGCUCUUUUCCAUACAUUUAAAGUGAAUGGUGACUGUCAGACUGUCAAUUGUCAGUCUCUAAUAUUCUGCAUGACGUCUCCUUUUGUGUUCCAUGGAAGAAAGUUAUACAGUUAUGGAACAACAUGAGGUUGAGGAAAUGAUAACAGAACUGUCCCUUUAAAAGUGAUCUAAAACUGCCCAUACCUGGGGAAGAAAAAUUUAUAUAUAUAUAUAUAUAUAU